UUCUGAUGCUAUUUUCGAUGAUUUUGAGAUGUUUGGUUGUCGUCCUUAUGUACUCGGUGGUAUGGAGCUUUGAGGCUCCUGAGGAGAAAAAGGACGUGUUUUCCAGCACAGCCUGUCCUGCUUUCCUGACCUUCACAAAUGCUGCUUACAUAGCCGGGGUGACCGUGGAGCUGCCAUGUCACUGCAAACCAGAGGAGGUCCAAUCAGUUGUCUGGUUCUUCAGAAAACACUGGAGCAGCUUUGAUGAAACCAGAGCCCUGACAGAUAACCAUGGCAACAAGCUGCUGGACACAAGUCAGGUCCCUCACAGCAGUGACCUGCGGAGUCGAUUCUCCAUCCGGAUGUUUAGUUUGCUGAUAUUCAAAGCGGGACCUGAAGACUCUGGUCUCUACAUCUGCGGCUCCGCGCAUAAAGACUUCUUCUAUGGUUACGACCUGGACAUUCAGGAAGCUCCAACGCUCAGUUUCCCCCCCAGACAUAGAAGCAGUUUCGUUGUCUAUUCCCACCCGAUGUACAAAGUUUUCAUUAGCUUCCGGUCCUGGUCAGUGUGCGACCGCUGUGGCGCUCCAGGUGAGCAGGUCCGUAUCGGACUCUGCUACGUUCACUCCCGUUUCCUGCAUGUGCGCUACAGACUGGCCAAUCAGACGGUGGCGUCCUGUGGCUCAGAAGGAGUCCCCAUGUCAUUCAGCCGCAUAAAUCAGGGGCCAAAGUUCUGCGUCUGUCCCGGUACCAGUACCGGUGUUCUACCUGAGCCACCCAGCAGACGGUGUUGUCACCCUGCGCUGCCCUGGAGCCCGUCCCAACAUGGUGGUGGGCUGGGAUCAAGGGUCUACACCAAUCUACAGAUCUGA